UGGCUGUUGUAUUCAAGCUAAAACCACGUCGUCUCGUCCAUCCAGUCGUCAAUCGAUUCUCUAUAUAAAGUCCAGACAGGUCGAUCGAUCGUUGGGGAUAGAUAUAUCGUGCGAGCUUUUUCUCGUCUGCCGCACACGUGUUGUACUAUACCCCUUUGUUGGGUUCUUUGCCUCAUAUAAGGUUAGAAGAAGGUUAGAAGAGGCUAGAUAUAAUCAGCAUUGCAGCCUUCGCGACAAGUUCAGAAGAUAUAUGGCAGGAGGCAGUAAGACGCGGAUCCAUGCCUCGCUCGUUUCCACUCUCCUGCUGCUGCUCCCAUUGGCGUCUGCGAUCCACAGGAGCGACUUCCCGGCGUCGUUCCUCUUCGGCACGGCCACCUCCUCGUAUCAGAUUGAAGGUGCAUAUCUAGAAGGCAACAAAAGUUUAAGCAAUUGGGAUGUGUUCACUCAUCUACCAGGAAAUAUCAAGGAUGGAAGCAACGGAGAUAUCGCGGAUGAUCAUUAUCACCGCUACGAGGAGGACGUCGAGCUGAUGAACUCCCUCGGCGUAAAUGCCUAUAGAUUCUCGAUAUCAUGGUCCAGAAUCCUUCCAAAAGGGAGAUUUGGUGGAGUCAACCCAGCGGGCAUUGAUUUCUACAACAAACUUAUCGAUUCAAUUUUACUGAAAGGAAUACAGCCAUUUGUCACCCUGACACACUACGACAUCCCACAGGAGCUCGAAGACAGAUACGGAGCUUGGCUCAACGCCGAGAUACAGUCGGAUUUCGGGCACUUCGCCGACGUCUGCUUCGGCGCGUUCGGCGACCGCGUCAAGUACUGGACCACCUUCAACGAGCCCAACGUCGCGGUGCGGCAUGGCUACAUGCUCGGCACCUACCCGCCGUCCCGCUGCUCGCCGCCGUUCGGCCACUGCGCCCGCGGCGGCGACUCACACGCCGAGCCCUACGUCGCCGCCCACAACGUGAUACUCUCCCACGCCACCGCCAUCGAGAUAUACAAGAGAAAGUACCAGAGCAAGCAGAGAGGAAUGAUUGGCAUGGUGUUGUACAGCACCUGGUACGAGCCGCUGAGAGAUGUCCCCGAGGACCGGCUUGCCACCGAGCGAGCCUUGGCGUUCGAAACUCCGUGGUUUCUUGAUCCACUGGUCUACGGCGAUUACCCACCGGAGAUGCGCCAGAUUCUCGGCGGGAGGCUGCCGAGUUUCUCGCCGGAGGACAGGAGGAAGCUGCGGUACAAGCUGGACUUCAUCGGGGUGAACCACUACACGACCCUGUACGCCAGGGACUGCAUGUUCUCAGACUGCCCACAGGGGCAGGAGACGCAGCACGCGCUGGCGGCUGUCACUGGAGAGAGCAACGGGCUUCCCAUUGGAACUCCAACAGCGAUGCCCACUUUCUACGUGGUACCGGACGGGAUUGAGAAGAUGGUCAAGUACUUCAUGAGAAGAUACAACAACCUGCCAAUGUUCAUCACAGAAAACGGAUACGCGCAAGGUGGAGAUAGUUACACCGACGCAGAGGAUUGGAUUGAUGACGAGGAUAGGAUAGAGUACCUGGAAGGCUAUCUCACAAAACUUGCCAAAGUUAUCAGGGACGGAGCUGAUGUUCGUGGCUACUUCGCCUGGUCCGUCGUUGACAAUUUCGAGUGGUUGUUUGGGUACACCCUUCGAUUUGGACUGUACUACAUAGACUACAGAACACAGGAAAGAUCUCCAAAGCUAUCUGCGCUGUGGUACAAGGAAUUCCUCCAAAAUCUGCAUGAAAAUCAAUAGAUAAAGUUGUACUUUCGAAUUUAAAUAGGGUGUAAAAUGAUAGUAAUUCGUGUAAUGAUGUAACUGUAGUACUGUACAUUAGUACAUAAUGUUGAUUAGAAUGGAUACAUGAUAUCCACCUAUAUAUAUCCAAUUUAUUGGACAAUUUACUGUAAACUAUCAAAUUUAAAAAAUGUGGUUCGACGUGCCUAAUAAAUUUAGCUAAUACAUACUCCAAUACGGAGUAUAUAUUUUUCAUGUAA